UUCAACUAAUCUCCGGGUCUCUUUCUCUCAAUAGAUACAGCAUUGAGAGAUACUAGAAACUUCAUUUCUAGGGUUUAUCACAGUGUUCAUCACUCUCACCUCUACCAACCAAAGCGUCUGCAAGAAGAUUAUUCUCCUACAUCACCAACAACCGAUUCGGACUCUAACGGCAAGUUUACGCAACCAGGAAAUGAUUAGAGGUUAAGCUGAAUCUUGCUGUAUUCCUCCUUUAGUUGUCUAGAUAUUCAGAUAUUGAGGUCCUUUUGAAAAGAAAGAUGGCUUCGGAACUUAUGGAAAUCCAUCCACGAGAACUCAAGUUCACAUUUGAAAUGAUGAAACAGUCCUUAUGCUCAAUAGAACUUGUUAACAAGACCAACCAUUAUAUGGCUUUUAAGGUUAAAACUACUUCACCCAAGAAAUACUGUGUGCGGCCUAAUAUCGGUAUUUUGGACCCAAAAACUAGUUUUAAUUUUACAGUGAUUAUGCAAGCACAAAGAGUAGCCCCCACAGACUUGGUUUGCAAAGACAAGUUUUUGGUUCAAUGUGCAGUUGUUCCUGAAGGUACAACAGACGAUGAUAUUACUUCUAGUAUGUUUGUCAAACAGGUGGGCAAAUUAGUUGAAGAGAGCAAGCUGAAAGUGAUCCUUGUGAAUGCACAACAAUCACCAGUAUCAUUGCCAAUGAACGGAACACCAAAGCAGGUUACAACACCUGAUGAUUCAGCAAGGAAAGAUCAAGUAACUAGGGAGGUUCAAAAUGUCACUUCUAAGCAAAUUACCUAUGAUGCAAAAAACAUUGAUGAGAAGCCCAAUAUCAUGGAGAACAAUGUAGAGAGGGGCUCAUUGCAAAGCAAAAUAGAGAAGCAUCAAAUGGAAGAAGUUAUGCACACAGAAUCUAAAGCUGGCAAUGAUGCCCAAAAGCUGAAAUUGGUUAAAGAUCUUCAUGAGAUGAAACUUAAACUAAAUGAUUUUGAAUCCAAGCUGAGGGAGGCUGAAUUUACAAUAGCAAAGCUGACAGAAGGGAGAAGAGAGCUCAUUCAAGAGAAAGAAAUCUUACAACAGGAACUUACUACUAUGAGAAAUACAAAAGCUAUCAGGAAAGUCCAAGUGGGAUUUCCACCGCUGUUUGUUUGUAUGGUAACAAUUGUCAGCAUUGCACUUGGAUAUCUUUUGCAUACUUGAGAAAAAGAAUCGUCUUAUGUUGUCUUCAUCUUGAAGAUAUUAUGCAUAUUGUUAGUUGUAGCCACCAUUUAUAAGUUUUCUAGUUCUGUUGUGGAUACAGAUGAACUUUGUUUUACAAUAAAUCCAUUAAUGGUCUCUGUCGGAUCCA